AUGAAGUUCGGCGAACAGCUCCGGUCGUCCAUGAUCAAGGACUACUUCUGGCAUUACAUCGCCUACGAAGACCUGAAAGAUGCCCUCAAAACAGAAUAUGUGACCGAACCAACCCCCGCAAACCCAAAACCGGACCGCAAGCCAUGGACGGAAGCCGACGAAAGACGCUUUGUGGCUCUGCUGGAAAGCGAGCUGGACAAAGUCGCUACUUUCCAGGGUCUGAAAAGUAAAGAGAUCAUUCAGCGGAUCAAAGCGAGCGAGCAGGAGGUCAAUCAUGUGGUUGCUCGCUUGGAGAUUCCAGCUUCGGAUUCUCGUCGCGCUGCGGAACGGCCGACUGAUGAGGAUUUUUUGUUGCUUGAGGCGGAUUUGAGUGAUAUCAUUGCUGAUGUUCAUGAUUUGGCCAAAUUUACUCAGUUGAAUUAUACUGGGUUCCAGAAGAUUAUCAAGAAGCAUGAUAAACAAACAAGGUGGUAUUUGAAGCCAGUAUUUGCUGCUCGACUGAAUGCCAAGCCAUUUUUCAAAGACAACUACGACGCGUUCGUGGUCAAACUCUCCAGGCUGUAUGACCUAGUCAGAACCAAGGGUAACCCCGUCAAGGGUGAUGCGUCGGCAGGUGGCGGACAGCAAAACUUUGUGCGACAGACCACCAAGUACUGGGUACAUCCUGACAACAUCACCGAGUUGAAAUUGAUUGUUCUCAAGCAUCUUCCAGUCCUUGUGUUCAACCCCAGUAAAGAAUUCGAAGAAAAAGACUCUGCCAUCUCCUCAAUUUAUUAUGACAACCCUGAAACAUGGGAGCUGUAUAAAGGCCGUCUUCUAAAGACAGAAGGCGCAGAGGCUAUCCGACUUCGAUGGUAUGGCGGCAUGGAAGUUGAUCAGAUAUUCGUUGAACGUAAGACACAUCGAGAGGAUUGGACUGGAGAGAAAUCGGUCAAGGCACGAUUCCCUAUGAAGGAGAAGCAUGUUAAUGCAUAUUUGUCUGGCGACAUGACAACCGGAGCUGUUUUUGAGAAAAUGAGAAGAGAAGGCAAAAAAUCGGAGCAGCAAAUAGCCGACUGGGAAGCACUUGCAAAGGAAGUUCAAUACCGUGCAGUCACCCGCAAUCUCAAGCCGGUAUGCCGGACGUUCUAUCAUCGUACUGCGUUUCAAUUGCCAGGCGAUGCCCGUGUCCGAAUCUCUCUAGACACGGAACUGAGCAUGAUUCGUGAAGACAAUUUAGACGGCAGGAGACGCGCCGGCGAUAACUGGCGACGUAUGGAUAUUGGGAUCGACUGGCCCUUCCGUCAACUCCCUCCAGAGGAUAUUGAAAGGUUCCCAUAUGCAGUUUUGGAAGUAAAGCUUCAAACCCAAGCCGGGCAAGAACCUCCUCAAUGGAUCCGUGAUCUUACUGCCAGCCAUCUAGUCGAAGCUGUUCCCAAGUUCAGCAAGUUCAUACAUGGAUGCGCCACGUUGUUCCCUGAUAAGAUCAAUCUUCUACCUUUCUGGUUCCCGCAAAUGGAUGUUGACAUCAGAAAGCCCAUUACUCGCAAAUAUGGAAUUGAACGGCCAACACAGAGCACCAGCAUAUCCACUUCAGACAUGGCGGAUGAGGAUGAUGAAACCGAUGACGAGAUUGAUGCACAUGGUGAUCAGGCAAGCAACGUCACGGCCGCUACCAGUGCCACUCAAGGAGCUGUUGCCAACUAUGAACGCAACAAUGGCACGCUACACGCGACCCGUAACGAGCUGGAUGUUGAAGAACGUGUCGCUGCUGAUUUCCUUGCUGGCGACGAGUAUUACCCGUUGUAUGACUCGGAUGACGAGUCAGAUUUCUCGGAUGCACUCGAAGAAGCACGCCGUAUUGGCGGUAUUUACUACUACCGUAUGCUUUUGAGCAGCUAUCUUCAGCGCACGGGACAUAUUACUUGGGAAGUCUUGAAGGCCAUCACGCCUCGACCACGAGCUACACAGAUGCCGGAGGGUGGAAGUACUGGAAUCACCAUUCUUGGAAAUGGCAGACGUACAGUGAAGCGCUUCAUUGCUCCCAAGGGCAAACGAAUUCAUGUUCCCAUCCGCGUCGAGCCAAAGGUCUACUUUGCUGCUGAACGUACAUUCCUCUCCUGGCUCGAGUUCUCAAUUUUGAUCGGCUCCAUUGCAGCCACCCUUCUCAACUUUGGCAGUGACUACGUCACAUUCGCAUCGGCAUGGAUCUUCACCAUCAUUGCCGUCAUAUGCCUUAUCUACUCUGUUGUGUUAUAUGUCUGGCGCGUGGACAAGAUCCGCAAAAGACGUGAUGUUAAACGUAUCUACUACGAAAAAUGGGGUCCCACGUUCCUGUGCCUGGGUUUAAUCGGGGCUGUGUUAGUAAAUUUUAUCUUGAGGGCGAAACACGGCCAACUUGUACCUACUGACGACCAACAUCAUCAUAUAUUCCAAGGUGGUAUGACGAACCAGACGGCCGUUGAAGUUGAGAAUAUUCGUGGCUUGGAGCUUUGA